GCAAUGGGCCAGCAUCGGCUAGCCAAGUCCAGGAAGCGGCAGCAAAUCUGACGUGCCCCGUCUCCACUCCCGCUGCCGAGUCCGGCGACCACCAUGGCCACUCGCCGGAGUCCCGUCACCACCCACCACCGCCUCUUCCUACUCCUCCUCCCCUUGCUGCUAAUAAGCUCGUUCCUCCUCCCCCUCUCGUCCGCCUACCGCCCCGGCAACAUCAUCCCCAUGCUCCGCUCCGGCCAGUACCACGGCUCGAGGUCGGUGUGGUUCGACGUCAUCGGCCGCCACUGCCCGGUCUUCGCGGUCAACCGGGAGGUGCUGAUGCCGAUCCCCAAGCCGACAGGGUUCACCGGCGCGGAUCCGUAUAAGAUAACAUUUCAGAUUGGACACGAAAAAUUCCAUGUUCCUUGGCUUUAUGUUAUUAAUCGCAAAAGCUCUGAAGUUCCACUGAUUGAUUUCCAUUUAAAAUACACUGGAAACGAUUUGCUUGGUGUUACGGCUAAAGUAGUGGACAUGCCUCACCAUUUUGUGGAACUUCAUCCUGACAUAAAGAAGAAUUUCUGGGAUCAACAGAAUUGGCCAAAAUAUGUACUUGUUAGUUAUACAUGGGAGGAACAGUCAGAGAUAGAUGUUACUGCAGGAUUCUAUGUGUUAUUUGGAUCUGGCCUUGUUCUUUCCUUCAUCCUUGCAAUCUAUGUAUUACAGUCAUCUCAAGAAAAGUUAACAAGGUUUGUGCGAGAAGCGGUUUCUGAUAGCAGUCUACCUGAAGGAGGGGUUGCAAAGGUUGAGUGAUGUUUCCACGAGGGGCUGUUGGAUUAUCGAUAAAUGUUCGCUUAUGGGAACACUGACAAAGAUACCAAUUUCUUGGGAGCGAGGACAAUAGCAUGCAUCUGAAGAACCGGUGAACCAUUUUGUAUGCAUGCAUUGUAGGUUUUUCCUUGUUAUAACGGAACUUUUAGCAAACUGGAGUAUAUGCAGUUGCUGGUUCAUUACAGUUUUGCAGAAUGUGUUGGUAAAAACAGGGACUGUGAGAACUGUAUAGAUACAUUGUCACAAGAUUGAUAUGAAUGUUUCCUCCAUUAA